UAUAUGUACGUGUUAAAGGUGAUUGUGAUCAAACUGCUGGACCAUCCCUGGAACAAGAAGAAAGGCACUCAUAUCACUCUGACUGCUGCAGCUUUCCUCCCUUCAGUAAACUUUGACAACCUUGAUUACAUUUUUCAAGAAGCCCUCCCAGUUUCUACAGAGGACUUUGUCAGAGAUGGAGAACCACACAUCGUGUUCCAUCAGGAACAGAAAAUAUUGCGGUUCAAUGAUGUGUGUGUCGGCUCCGAGGCCAGUUUAAGUAUGCAUCUGCAUUUGCGUAACAUGGGAUUGGUGAACUGUGAGGUCACAGUGACCUCCACCCAUACCACGCCACAGUCUGCCUUCAUUUUUGAACCCAGCAAGUUUUCCAUCAUGUCGCAAUCAGAGUUCUGCUUCAGGAUAUCUUUCGUGCCCACACAAAUUGGCGUAAUUAUAGAAGUUGUUGGGAACAAACACAAAGCAUUUUCAUUCCGAAUAUGUGAUAGAGAAGUUUUACAGUGUAAAGAUACAGACUUUGUACAAGAGGUGGUAAGGCUUGCACAUAGCAAGGUGUGUGAGGUGGGAGUGGUGUUCCUUCCCAUGACAGAAGGCCAGGCAGACUGUGAACUGAAGCUCUACGUCACCAACAACCCCUAUGAGGAUCAGAAGGUGACAAUAAGAGGAACAGGCUAUCUGCAGGAUGUAGUACUGGACGGUGUGCCUCUCGUGGUGGAACAGAAGCUCAGUCUAGUGGAUGAAAGGUAAUCACUCUUUUAACUGGAUUCACAAUUUUACAGACUAUCUGCAU